AACAAAAAAGGCAGAACCAGAACCCUGCUCUCGCAUACUACACUAAACUAUACUGCGAUAACUGCAGAUCCAAAUCCAAAUCCAAAUCCAUGGUUUCCGACAAGAACCUUAGCAACGCCGUCGGCGGGAAAUCGGCCAGAGCUUGCGACAACUGUGUAAAGAGAAGAGCCCGCUGGUACUGCGCCGCCGACGAUGCUUUUUUGUGCCAAUCGUGUGAUUCUUCUGUCCACUCCGCCAAUCUGUUAGCUCGCCGGCACCACCGUGUCCGUAUCAAGACGACGGCGGCGACGGAGACGGCGACGGCGAGAUCUUCUUUUACUUCUUCUAACGACGAAUCGAAAAUUAGGCUGCAGGUUUCAGUGCCUUCCUGGGACAAGGGUUUCACCAGAAAAGCACGAACUCCGAGGAAGAAGAAGAAGAAGAGCUGUCGUGGCAGUAACAAUGGCGAAUUCGAUUCGAGGAUUGUCGAUUGUUGUCGGCUUCCGGUGGUGCCUGAAAUUGGGGGAGAAUUCGAUUUGGAAGAGGAUCAGGUGUUUCUUAAUUUUAGGGUUCCUGUGUUGGAUUCGGGAAACGACGGCGUAUUGGGAGAUGGCAAAACGGCGUCGUGUGGUGAUGAGGAGGAGACGAAUCUCUUACAGAGGCUAAUUCUGGAUGCCGAGGAAUAUUCUUCGGCCGAUGUGGAGAGCUUGCUGUCGAGAGGUCUUACAGAUGAACUCCCCGAGGCUGUAAUGGAAGGGAUCGGGAUUCGAAUCGACUGCGAAAACGACGAUGAUGAUCGGGUGAAAAUUGAAAAAGAAAUUGGGGAUUAUAAUUAUCAGGAUAAUGAUAAUGUGAAGGUCGCCAUUAGAAGGGAAUCUGCUGAGCUUCGGAAUUUGGACAGUAUUACUAAUAAUGAUUCUACUACAACUACAGUAUCCUGCGAAGAAAAUAAUAAUAAUAAUAAUAACAAUAAUAAUAAUAAUAAUAAUAAUAAUAAUAAUAAUAAUGGUUUGGGGAAAAUGUUCCUGAAGCUCGACUACGACGCCGUCGUUUCCGCCUGGGACCGCCGCCGAUCGGAGCUGAAUGCCGGUGGCUGCUGUCAUGAUAUUUCGCCGGAAAUGGCGGCGGGCGGCGGCGGAGGAAGGGAGGCUCGGGUGUGGAGGUACAGGGAGAAGCGGCGGAGGAGGUUGUUUGCGAAGAAAAUAAGGUACGAGGUGCGAAAAUUGAAUGCGGAUAAGAGGCCGAGGAUGAAAGGCAGAUUCGUCAAGAAGAGUUAAUUAAUUAAUUUUAGUAUUCUGCUAACUGCUAUAUAUGGAUACUGGACUAUUAAUUACUUAACUGAUGUGACUGUGUGGAAGUAAUAUAAAAAUAAUAAAUAUAUAAUAUAUUAAUUUUUUAAAAAAUAUAUAUAUAUAUAAAAUUAUGGAAGAACAUAGUAUGUAUAUAUAUAUAUAUAUAUAUACAUUGCUUUGAAUAAUAUGUUGUCACCUGAUUUAUCUGAAGUAGCGUUAUAACGGUUGCUAUUGUUAGAAUUUAAUCGAUAGACUUA